AUGGCUGAAGUUUUCACGGAAAUCGUGCUUGGGGUGCCACGCUGUAAAGCCGUGCUGGUCUGCGGCUCUCCUCCCCUUGAGAGGAGAUGGGAGCAUCUGCCCAGCCGUGGACGGUCCAACCGUGUGAAACCGUUCGGGGAGAGCAGGGAUGGAGAAGGUAUCUUUGGACAGAAGGGACAUCUUCAUCCAGGAGAGACACCUUUGCCCUACUGGUCUUUGGUGGGUCUUGACCAUCAUCAGAUUACGCAGCAGAAGGAAGACGAGGUUGAGAUUAAUGGUGGGAGGUGGAAAGGGAACACAGUGAGUAACCUGAUUUUCAUUCUACCUCCAAUCUAUGGUGCGAUUCAGACCUAUAAAGAUGGCCUUGAAAAACGGUAUUUAGCUGCGUAUUUGUGUCUUACAGCUGUGGGAUUGGGAUCUUGGUGCUUCCACAUGACCCUGAAGUAUGAAAUGCAGCUGUUGGAUGAACUGCCAAUGAUAUACAGUUGUUGUGUGUUUGUCUACUGCCUGUAUGAAUGUUUCAAGUACAAGAACACAGUCAAUUAUCCACUGCUUUUCUUGUUAAUAACAUACAGCUUCGUAGUCAGCAUAGUUUACUUAAAUUUGAAAGAGCCUGUGUUCCAUCAGAUCAUGUAUGGAACGCUAGUUUCCAUUAUAGUUCUACGAUCUGUUUAUAUAGUAUUAUGGGUAUACCCAUGGCUUAGAGGUCUAGGCUAUACAUCUUUAACUGUAUUUUUAAUGGGAUUUUUUCUCUGGAAUGUGGACAACAUUUUCUGUGAUAAAUUGAGGGCACUACGAGAGAAGAUGCCUCCUGUUGUGGGAGCUGUGACACAGUUUCAUGCAUGGUGGCAUAUUCUCACAGGCCUGGGCUCUUACCUUCAUAUCCUCCUAAGUUUAUACACAAGGACUCUUUUCCUGAAACACAGGCCAAAGGUGAAGUUUGUUUUUGGAAUAUGGCCUGUUCUUCUUGUGGAGCCGCCCAAGAAGCUUUGACUGAGACCUAGGCAGUCACAUGCGAUCACCUAGCCUGGCUGAAUAAAGCGAUUCAACAGUUACUAUGGCUGAAGUGUCAAAAUUAUGGAUCAAUUCAAGUACCGUUGCUAUAAAAGGACUUCUCUGUGUUACCAGGCCAGCCAGCUGGAACAGAGCAAAGAGUUGGCACACUGGGGAAAUAAUGUUUAGUACAGCUUUAUUCUAAGUUGUUAAAACAAAGAUUAAGACACAAUAUUUUUAUGUAUAUAUUGUAUAGCUGAUGAUACUGAGCUAAUAUUUCGUGCUGGUCACAGAAAACUAACCAUUUUUGAAGUGGGUUGCAUACAUUUUUCAUUCAGUUGUUGUUCUUUUUGUGGUUUAAACUAAUAUUAGUAACUGAAUGACAAAAACAGGCCAUUGAUGGCCAAGCUAAGCAUUUGUGUGGCCUAUUAGUGAGCUGAAUGCUUAACCUGAACUACUUUAAUCUUGCACUUUUAUACAAUUAAUGAAGUAUGUAAUGAUUGAUUUAGGGCUUUAUUCUAUCCUGCUUUUCCACAGCCUCCUUUGCAAUUUAUAUUUUAAGCAAAACGGUUGGCAUAUCCGUGCCAUUUAGUUCAUUUUGUACCAAGCUUCCGUUUUCUCUUUAGUCCAGCUGAGGUGCAUCGUGGAGGAUGUUCCAGGAUGUGACCGGCAGAAGACACUUAAGAUGGUGAAGCAUUAUAGGGGUGCUUGUUUGUGUGUGGAAACUGAAUUCCUAAUUUGUUUGACCAGUGACCCAUCAGUGACUGCAGGAUGACUGUAUAAACACAAGAAACACUUUUUUUUUCUUUUUUAUAAUUAUUAUUUACAUGCCUCCCUUUUCUAUACCUACUUUUUACUUCCCGUGUC